AUGUAUGAUAUUGUGAUUGAAUAUGCACCCCAACUAAAUAUGGAAGAAGCGUUUACAAUGAUGACAAAAGAUUCGAGGUGGAAAGAAGUUGCUGUGCAAAUAAAAUGUGAACUAAAUUUCUGUUUGAAAGCGGAAAUAGCACCAGAUUUCUUCCACAAACUCAUAUCGCUUGAUCUCAAACAACCAGAUAUUUUGAAAAGCGAUGAUUUUAAACUUUUGGUCAAGUACGCGGUCAAUUUUUAUUUUCUCCAUCCCAAUAUCGUUGGAAACCAACCCGUGUUGACAAUUCUGAAAAAAGCUGCACAGACAGACACAGAGACUUUGAUCAAGCGUUUAGAGCAGGCAACUAAUAUCGAAGCCAUAACGCCGUCGAAUCGCCUAGUUGAUUUAUUAAAAAAUAUUCUGGCCAAAGAAGACAAACUGAAAUGGGCAUGGUUCCGUUAUGCCUCCACGCUCGACUGCCAGCCUCUAAAUUGGAAUACAGCUACCAUGUUGAGUACCAUUUAUUCCGAAGAGGAGCUGGACUCUGCUGUUGUUGAAGUAUCUUCCGAAGUCAAGGAUAGCCCUGAAUUUAAAGUGUUUCUCGUUGCGUUAGAGGAUGAUUCGAACGAUGCACUACAAAAGUGCGCUAAGUGA